UUCACCAAAAGGGAAAUGACCAGUUAUCUGAUCAGAAACGGUGGAGUACUGGCCCUGCUGUGCACGCUCCUGGGGACGCUGUGCAAGACUGGAUCCGGGCAGAUCCGCUACUCAGUGCUGGAGGAGUUGGACAAAGGCUCCUUCGUGGGCAACAUCUCCAAGGACCUAGGGCUGAGGCCCCCGGAGCUGGCAGAGCGCGGAGUCCGCAUCGUCUCCAGAGGUAGGACGCAGCUCUUUGCUCUGAACCUGCGAAGCGGCAGCUUGGUCACCGCGGGCAGGAUAGAUCGGGAGGAGCUCUGCGCUCAAAGUACGCGGUGUCUAGUAAAAUUUAACAUCCUGGUUGAAGACAAACUGAACAUUUUUGAAGUAGAAAUAGAAAUUAAAGACAUUAAUGAUAAUGCUCCUGAUUUUCUAACGGAGGAAUUGGAAAUAAAAAUUGGUGAACUAACGGCUCCAGGAACUCGAUUUCCACUUAAGAGUGCAUUUGAUCCUGAUGUGGGCAUAAACUCUCUGCAAAACUACCAGCUCAGCCCCAACGACUACUUCUCCCUGGCUGUGAAGAUUGUAUCUGUUGGGGCCAAGUACCCAGAGCUGGUGCUGGAGCGGGCUUUGGACCGCGAGGAAAAGGAAGUUCACCAGCUUGUCCUCAUUGCUUCUGAUGGUGGGGACCCUGUUCACUCUGGCACCUUGUGCAUCCAAGUGAUAGUUCUGGAUGCAAAUGACAACCCGCCAGUAUUUACUCAGUCUGAGUAUCAAGUGAGUGUGCAGGAGAACUUCCCAGUGGGCACCAGACUGCUCACCGUGAAUGCCACGGACCCUGACGAAGGAUUCAACGCUCAAGUGUCCUACAUGCUAGAUAAAAUGCCUGGGAAAAUAGCUGAGAUCUUUUAUCUCAACUCGGUGACUGGCGAUAUAUCCAUAUUAAAAAGUCUAGAUUAUGAGGAUGCUAGGUUCUAUGAAAUUAAAAUUGAAGCACAAGAUGGACCAGGUCUCCUCUCAAAAGCUAAAAUUGUAGUCACAGUUCUGGAUGUGAAUGACAACGCCCCAGAAAUUACAAUCACUUCUUUCACAGGAUCAGUCACAGAAGAGACUGCCGCAGGAAGAGAAGUUGCCCUGGUCAAUGUGCAUGACCAGGAUUCUGGGAAAAAUGGGCAAGUCACAGUUUUUGUCCUGGGAAAUAUGCCAUUUAAUUUGGAAAAAUCAAUAGACCAAUAUUACCGCUUAGUGACAGCCAGAUCCCUGGACCGGGAACAGAUUUCUGAAUAUAACAUAACCCUGAGAGCAACAGAUGGAGGAAGUCCACCGCUAUCUACAGACACUCACAUCAUCCUGCACGUGGCAGACAUCAAUGACAACCCACCAACCUUCACUCAUGCCUUCUACUCUGCUUAUGUUCUGGAAAACAACCCCAGAGGAGCCUCCAUCUCCUCUGUUACCGCCCAGGACCCUGACAGUAUGGAGAAUGCCCAAAUCACUUAUGCAGUGACUGAAGAUACUAUCCAGGGAGCACCUCUCUCCAGUUAUAUCUCCAUCAACUCUGACACGGGAGUCCUGUAUGCUCUUCGAUCCUUGGACUAUGAGCAGCUUAGAGACCUGAAGCUACUGGUGACAGCUAGUGACAGCGGGGACCCUCCUCUCAGCAGCAACGUGUCUCUAAGCCUGUUUGUGCUGGACCAGAAUGACAAUGCGCCAGAGAUCCUCUACCCCACCCUCCCCACAGACGGUUCCACUGGAGUGGAACUGGCACCCCGCUCUGCAGAACCCGGCUACCUGGUGACCAAGGUCGUGGCAGUGGACAGAGACUCCGGCCAGAAUGCCUGGCUGUCCUAUCGCCUGCUCAAGGCCAGCGAGCCAGGGCUUUUUGUGGUGGGGCUGCACACGGGUGAGGUGCGCACUGUGAGAGCCCUGCUAGACAGAGAUGCGCUCAAGCAGAGCCUGGUGGUGGUGGUCCAGGACCACGGACAGCCACCUCUCUCAGCCACCGUCACGCUCACUGUGGCUGUGGCUGACAGCAUCCCAGAUGUGUUGGCUGACUUGAGCAGUCUUGAGAUCUCGUCAACCCCAGAGGCUUCGGAUCUCACGUUGUACCUGGUGGUGGCUGUGGCCUCGGUGUCCUGCCUCUUCCUUGCCUUUGUCAUUGUGUUGCUGGCACUGAGACUGCGGCGCUGGCACACAUCACGUCUGCUCCAGGCUUCAGGAGGGGGAUUGGCAGGAGUGCCCACAUCGCACUUUGUGGGCGUGGAUGGGGUGCGAGCUUUCCUGCAGACCUAUUCCCAUGAAGUCUCCCUCACCGCUGAUUCGAGGAAGAGUCAUCUGAUCUUCCCGCAACCCAACUACGCAGACACACUCAUCAGCCAGGAGAGCUGUGAGAAAAGCGAACCUCUCCUGGUAGCUCAAGACUUUCUCGAAGCAAAAGGAGACACCAAGCUACUUCAGGUGAGUUUAUCUGUUUGUUCUUUUUUAAUAGUAUAA